GGGCAGAACCGGCAAUCUGCAAAUUUGAGGAGACUCCACUCGACUCGGUUUGCGAGGGUUUCCUUUCCUAUCCUUCUCUCUAGUCUACCGCCGCCGCAAAUUGGUUCCGCCUCAACGACGGCGACCUCACCGCCGUCGCCGGCGACGGGUCACUACAGACAACCCCUCUUACUGCUGAAGUCUUGUCUCGUAGAGAGAGGCCGAGGCCGAGGCCGAGGCCUCGUGUGGUGCCGCCCUCUGGACUGGCGUGGAGUCACCUGGCACGAUCCCUUCCUUGUCUUGUCGGUUGUGGAAUUCUGCGUUGCGUGGUGCCAUACUGCAAUUCAAUCCAAUCGAAUCCAUGGUUGGGUUCGAUUCGUUUCUUUUUCUUCUUCUUCUUCUUCAGCGCGCAAGAGCGAUCUAGCCGAGGUGCGGGCGCAGUUUAUUUCCCAAAAGAUUUCGGGGUCCAAGUGAACCCCCAUGCCUCCCAUCAAGCCCGCCGCUGAUGGCGCCGCCGCGGAUUACAUCAAAUGGAUGUGCGGCGCCGGCGGCGCCAUGGCGAACCUCCAGCGCGGCGUUGGCUCCCUCGUCCGUGACAUUGGGGACCCCUGCCUCAACCCCUCUCCAGUUAAGGGAAGCAAAAUGCUCAAACCAGAAAAAUGGCACACAUGUUUUGACCGUGAUGGAAAGGUCAUAAGUUUCGGUAAAGCUCUUAAAUUCAUUGUCGUAGGGGGCGUGGAUCCCUCUAUUCGAGCAGAACUUUGGGAAUUUCUUCUUGGCUGCUAUGCCUUAAAUAGCACCUCGGAAUAUAGGGGAAAACUAAGAGCUGCUCGAAGGGAGAAAUAUCAUUAUUUAAUUAGACAAUGCCAAAGCAUGCACGCAAGCAUUGGUACAGGUGAGCUGGCCUACACUGUUGGAUCGAAGCUGAUGGAUGUCAGGACUUUUCCCAAAGAAACUGACAGUGGAGAAGAAGUCCACACAAGUCAGCAAGCUUCACAACAUGCACCUUGCAGUUUAGCAGAAAAUUCCAAUUUGAAUUAUGGGUCUGGUGGCACACACCAGUCUGAAAAAUGGAAAAACUGCAGUAAUUCAGCUCAACCAGUUGUUUUCAACGUACAUAACGGUAGCCCUGAUUAUGAGUCCAGUUUUAUGGUGCCUUCCACAGUGGUGAAUAAUUGCUCAAGACAUUCCGGAGAUUACAGUGGCCUUGGUGAACCAAGGUAUGACAGUGAGACCUUCACUGAUUUUCCUUCCCUACCUGGUACAAACUUGCUCUCAAAUGGUGGUGGGGAUAGCAAUGGAGUUGAGGAAAGCCAUUGUAGUUUCUCAGUACCUGAAGAUAGGUUAAGGCCCUGUGAUGAACGCAUGCACAGCUUCCAAAUCAAUAAUAACAUAGAUCUCAUUAUAGAGUCAAACUCAUUAUCCAAUGAUCUGUUUCGAGUGAGCAACAGUGACUCAGCCGUUUUUCACUCGGAUGCAUACAAGCAGGAUAGAUGGUUAGAUGAUAGUGGCUAUAGUAGGGAAAUUAUAGACUCAUUGAGGAUAUCUGAUGCACCAGAAGCAGAUUUAGUUGAUGGAACCAAAUCCAACAGUCUGAUUGCCGACAAAGAUAGAGUCUCUGAAUGGCUUUGGACACUGCAUCGAAUUGUGGUUGAUGUGGUGAGAACAGAUAGUCACCUUGAUUUCUAUGGAGAAUCAAAGAAUAUGGCCAGAAUGUCGGAUAUACUUGCAGUUUAUGCAUGGGUUGAUCCCUCCACUGGAUACUGUCAAGGUAUGAGUGAUCUGCUGUCACCUUUUGUUGUUAUAUAUGAGGAGGAUGCGGAUGCCUUUUGGUGCUUUGAGAUGCUACUGAGAAGGAUGCGUGAAAAUUUCCAGAUGGAGGGACCAACAGGAGUUAUGAAGCAGUUGCAAGCAUUGUGGAAGAUCAUGGAAUUGACAGAUGUAGAAUUGUUUGAACAUUUAUCGGCAAUUGGUGCUGAAAGCCUUCAUUUUGCUUUUCGGAUGCUGCUAGUGCUUUUUCGUCGAGAGCUAUCCUUUGAGGAAUCGUUGAUCAUGUGGGAGAUGAUGUGGGCUGCUGAUUUUGAUGAAGAUGCAAUCAGGCAUUUAGAAGCAAACUGUCUAGAACCGUUGCUAGUACAUCUGAGGAAUGAUUUAUCAUGUGAGGUUAAAGAAGUGCAUCAGGUGAACAGUUGCACAAGAAGAAAAUCUGAAAUCAGGAAGUUCCAUCGUAGAAAUGGUGAAAUCUGUGGAGGUUGCCACCCUGGAGCGAAAUCCAGUGCAAGAAAUCAUCUCUGUGGUUUGUCAGGUGCUACUAUAUGGGCAAGGCAUCAGCAGAUGCGGCAUCUGAGUGCCAAUGUGUUAGCAAGGAGUGGAGAUGACGAACUACAUAUAUUCUGUGUAGCAGCAAUCUUGAUUAUCAAUCGCCACAAGAUAAUUCGAGGGACUCGCUCAAUAGAUGACGCGAUCAAGAUGUUCAAUGAUAAUAUGCUGAAAAUCAAUGUAAAACGAUGCGUACGCUUGGCUAUCAAGCUGAGGAGGAAGUACUUGUACAAGUGUUCUACUUAUAUCUUGCAGUCAUUGAAAGGGGGCUUGAGUGAUGAAAAGGGAAGUUGAAGAGCUUCCAUUUCACUUGGACAAAAAGAUUAGCUAUUUCCCAAUUAUACAUUGAUGUGUAGGGGUGAUGGGGCGGUAUUUACCAGGAGUCUGGUGCAUCUCCGAGUUCUUCUGCUGUCACCCAGCAUUGCAAGGAAAUCUGUACAUACUAUUAUACUUGAACACAAAAGAUGGAGCUGCGGACUUGAAUAGAAAAGAAUCCCGCCGUGUUGCUGUAUUGCCGGUGCUGUCAUUGUUUUUGCUGUGCCCAUUCGGCAGGGGCCAUGCCCAUGGCGAUUAAUUGCGAUUAAUUGAUUGUAUUUAUCAAUCUUGAGGUAUUAAUUGAUUGUUGUGUCCUGUGCUUGGCUGGCAAACCUCACCACACGGAAGGGCAGAAAGAAAUAUUGACGUGUACAAAGUCUGAUCUGAGCAAUCAGUUCUUUGAAGCAGUAGUUAGUUCAAUUGUUGUACCGUUGUUACGGAUGGAGAAUUCAUAUUACCCAGCACGGAUGUGUACACUGUACCCCCAGCUCCCUUCCUAGCAAGUUUUCACCGAAAUGUACAAAAUACCGUACCCAGACUGGUUACCGGAGGAAUACUGGCCAAACUUUCCGGAGUUUUGGUUGAGAUAAGGUGUGGCCGUGAGAGCAGAUAUGGCUUCUCGAGAACUUAAUGGAGAACAACUUUCUUUGGUCU